AUGGAAGAUUCUACAAUUGGACAAUAUUCACCAUCACCAAAUAGUUCAAAUGCCUCUAGUGUUAGUACACCACCAACACAUUUACCAUUUUAUUCAUCAUCAUUAAUUACUAAUAAUAAUCAUGAUAAUCAAACAUUUUCUGUACCUCAUAUUUAUCCAGAAAUAUCCUCUAAAGAAGACUGGAAUAAUAGUUAUUAUCAGGAGGCAACUAUUCAUAUGCAAAAUUUAUCAUUUUCUUUACAAGAUUCACCUCAACAAAAUUUAUAUACUAAUAUUUUUCCUAAUAAUACAAAUUAUCAAAAUACAAAUAUUUAUAAUACAAAUAUAGAUUCUCAAAAUAAUUCACAAGAAACAUUUAAUAAUUUAUAUUAUGAUCAAUCAUUAGAUUGUAAAAAUAAUGAUCAAGAACAAGAACAAUAUGGUGAGAAGAACCAGUUAGGAGGAAUAUUUGUAAAUGGUCGUCCAUUACCAUUACAAAUACGUAAGAAGAUUGUAGAUUUAGCAAGAAUUGGUAUAAGGCCAUGUGAUAUAUCAAGACAAUUAAAAAUAUCUCAUGGAUGUGUGUCAAAAAUAUUAAAUCGUUUUGCAGAAUCAGGAUCAAUAUUACCAGGAACUAUAGGUGGCUCCAAACCAAGAGUUGCCACACCAAAAGUUGUUGGUUAUAUACAUCGCCUCAAAACAAAUGAUCCUGGAAUUUUUGCCUGGGAAAUUAAAGAUAAAUUAGUUGAGGAUAAUAUAUGUGAUAGUGGGAAUACUCCAAGUGUUUCAACUAUAUCAAGAAUAUUACGAAAUUUUCAAAAAAAUCAUCCAUUAAAUAGGAGUUUAAAAAAUUCACAAAAAUCUUUCAACAAUACCAGAGAUCAAAAUAUACCACUUCCUCAACAAACACAUAUUGGUUGGUAA